GACGGCAGUUCAUGACGUAGCGGUUGUGGUUCUGGUAAGCUAAUUCUUGCUAAGGUAGGUGGAGAUCAUGGCAGCUUCGAAGCCAGUGGAGCCCCAGUCUGCGACUGGACUACCCCGCUGGCAGCUGGCGCUGUUGGUGGGGACCCCCAUCGUGCUAGGUGUUGGAGCAGUUUAUUUGUGGAAUCGAAGCAGGAGGAAGGGAAUGAAAGGGACCGGUGAGCGGAAAACACCAGAAGGCAGCGCCAGUCCCGUGCAGGGCCAAGACGGAGCCAACAGGGAGGAGGAGAAGAACAUGAGCCCUUUGGAUCAUGCUCAAUCAUCAAAGAACAAGGGGAAUAAAUACUUUAAGGCCGGCAAGUACGAAAAGGCAAUCCAGUGCUACACCGAGGCCAUAGGUCUGUGCCCCGGGGACCAGAAGGCUGAUUUAUCAACGUUUUACCAGAACAGAGCAGCAGCCUUCGAACAGCAGUUGAAGUGGACCGAAGUGGUGCAGGACUGCUCCCAGGCGGUCGAGCUGAACCCACGCUACAUCAAGGCUCUGUUCAGAAGAGCCAAAGCUCUCGAAAAGCUGGACAACAAGAAAGAGUGCCUGGAAGACGUCACAGCCGUGUGUAUUCUCGAGGCUUUCCAGAAUCAGCAGAGCAUGCUGCUGGCAGACAAGGUGCUGAAGCAGCUGGGGAAAGAGAAGGCCAAAGAAAAAUACAAGAACCGUGAGCCAAUGAUGCCUUCUCCUCAGUUCAUUAAGUCGUAUUUCAGCUCGUUCACUGAUGACAUCAUCUCCCAGCCCCUGCAGAAGGGUGAAAAGAAAGAUGAAGACAAGGAUAAGGAGGGUGAAGCAGCUGAAAUCACAGAGAGCGCCGGCUACCUGAAGGCCAAGCAGUACAUGGAGGAGGAGAACUAUGACAAAAUCAUCAGUGAGUGCACCAAGGAGAUCGAGUCAGGAGGCCGGUACACGGCAGAGGCCCUGCUGCUGCGAGCCACGUUCUACCUGCUGAUCGGUAACGCUACUGCUGCUCAGCCGGACCUGGACCAGGUCAUCAACAUGAAAGAUGCAAAUGUGAAGCUCCGAGCCAACGCGUUGAUCAAGCGUGGGAGCAUGUACAUGCAGCAGCAGCAGCCCCUGCACUCCACACAGGACUUUAAUACAGCGGCUGAGAUUGACACACAAAACCCUGAUGUGUACCACCACAGGGGUCAGCUGAAGAUCCUGCUGGAUCAGGUGGACGAAGCAGUGGGAGACUUUGAUGAGUGCAUCCGGCUCAGACCCGACUCUGCCCUGGCUCAGGCACAGAAGUGCUUUGCCCUUUACAGACAAGCAUACACUGGAAACAACCUAUCACAGGUCGAGAAAGCCAUGGACGGCUUUGAGGACGUCAUCCGACGGUUUCCAAAAUGUGCAGAGGGCUAUGCUCUUUAUGCCCAGGCUUUGACUGACCAGCAGCAGUUUGGAAAAGCUGAUGAAAUGUAUGACAAGUGUAUUGAACUGGAACCAGACAAUGCUACGACAUAUGUACACAAAGGGUUGUUACAGCUUCAGUGGAAACAAGACCUGGACCUGGGUCUCGAGCUCAUCAGUAAAGCCAUCGAGAUUGACAACAAAUGUGACUUUGCUUAUGAAACCAUGGGAACCAUUGAAGUUCAGAGGGGAAAUCUGGACAAGGCAAUCGAAAUGUUCAACAAAGCUAUUAACCUGGCCAAGUCGGAGAUGGAGAUGGCCCAUUUAUACUCAUUAUGUGACGCGGCGUACGCCCAAACAGAAGUGGCCAAGAAGUACGGCCUGAAACCUCCCACACUGUAACCUCUCUGCCAAUCGAUUGUCAGUUGUUUUUUUUAGCUGAAAGUAACCGUGCUAAACUGUCUGACUUUAAUCGUUUUGUUCUGAAAAUACUGAAUGCUACGAGGAAAAACCCUGGUAUAAGUAUUGUAUUGAAUUCUCAGCAAACGGGUUUGUUUUGCUAAAUGAGUUGAGUCCACAGUUCAGGUCUGGAUGGGAAGUUCACGUCUGGCUCCGCUACUUAAAUGUCAAAACUUUUUAUUACUCAGAAAUUCAACGAGGUGAAGGAAAAAUUCUGAAUGGCCAAAAUGAAAGUUUAUUUAAUCCUAUGCAGGUAUCUGUAACAUUGAAAUCCACAGAAAAUACUGUAAGAACUUCAUAUAAAGUUCUGAUGGACUGAUGGUUCAUGCUGGUUUGAAAGUGUUUUUUUUUUUUCGCACCAGAUUCUUUAUUGUACUUUUCAUGAAAGCAAAAUAAAACAUAGUCAGCUGUUAGAUGUCUGUAUUUGAUGCUGGAAUGGAUCCUGGCCCACAGACGGGCCUGUUUACUCCUUUUUAAUCGAUGGGUUUGCCUGGUCUUCUGUUUUCUUUUAACAGCAUGCUCACUUAUUAAAUGUAAAUGCAAUGCUCGAGAUGUCUUGAACACUAGUAAAAUUCUACAUGAGACCUUGCACAAAAAUGUUUUGGAUUAGAAGACAUCAGCCACCUGUUCCUAUUUUUAUGUUAUUUUUGAGCUCUAAUGUCUGGAGGCAUCACCCGGGAUUGGGUGUUUGAAUGAUUUGGGUUUUUGAAACAAGAUUUAAUUUAAUUAUUUUUUUUUUUUACUGUGAAGUAUUUUUUCCUUUUAUAUGUUAAGUUCUAGCUUUUAAGGUCUUAAGACAUCACAACAUUUUAGUUUUCUGUUUUUCAUAUUCUAAACCCGCCUCACGGUCCAAGGCCUGCAUCUGUCCCUGGUGACUUGUGAAUGAUUAGGUUCUGGGGUUGCGUUCAAACAUGAUUAACAAAAACGACCAUCACAGCUAAAGACCCAGGAUGUUUGUUAGUUUUUUGUUUGUUUGUUUGUUUUACAGCUUUGAAGGAGCUGCUUCAGUUCUUAAAGCAGUUCAGCAACUGUUUUUUUAUUUUUUGUUCUUUUUUUUUAUUAAAACCAAACCACGCAUUCCUGCUGCUGUCUGACAGGAAGACUGCUCAAACUCAAACUAAACCUUCACACCCUAAACAAAAGCUGUUUGACAGUAACAUUGUUCAUCAACGAUGUGUAUGGUGACCAAAGUUGCAUAUAUUGUGAAUCCUAAUAAAGUUAUAAUUCUUGGA